AUGAAUGUGAAUUUGGCAGAAGUUGAUGAAUCACAUGCCAGUUGGUCAGAGAGCAGCAGAAAGACUUGCAAAGCUCCGCCAAGGCUGCACGAUCCAGUUACUUCACGUGCUUUGCUGAGAUCUUUUCUGAUAACAUGGAAGCAGUUGGAAGUAUUAAAGGCAGAAUGGGGUAGACUUAAACUGAAAGUCGAGGAUAUCAAUACAGUUCCUCUUUACAAACAGUUUGCUGAGCUAUAUGGCACUGACAUCCUAUACCCUGCUAUGAGAGCCAUUGCCAGGCAGAUGGGCACAGAAGAUGAGUUUGAAGGACUUGUAACAAGCUCUCAGUCUAUACUUCCCCCAAAAGGAGCAUCAGAAAUUGAAGUCAAAACACGGCAGCUUCAGAACCUGCUGGAAAGUCUAGAACUACACAUGAUCCAGGAUGUGAAAAAGAAAAUUAACCAGGAGAUGACACUAGUUACAUCUGAAAGAGCAAGAGCAGGAAGUGGCCUUCCUACAGAGCUCUGGAAGCAUCGAGUCAUGCAAGAAAACUUCUCAGUUGUAAGACCACAAAUAGUCGAAACAUUUGUUCAGAGACUAAUGGAAAAUUACCAAGAAUCUGAUGUAGAGAUUACGUUUAAAAAAAGCCAUUUACAAAACUGCCUCACUGCACUGGGCUGUGACAUCAUGGCCAGAGAGCGCAGCAACUUUGAGACUUACACUAUGUUUUAUGAAAAUCUGCUUCAGCAGGAACAUCAACUACUCUACCAAAAAGAACAGGAACUGCAUGUAGUAGAAGAAGGUGGAAGGCAGACUGAUGUAAACCUUAGUCAGGUAGCAGAGCUGAGUCAUGAGAUGAUUAUGGAAAUAACUGCUCUAAGAGCCAGACUCACUAAUCUAGAAAAAGAAAAUCUCUGUCUCAAAGAGGAGAUAAGGAAAGAAGUACAAGAUGAAUAUGAAACGUUAGUGCAGAAUCUAUUUGUGACUUGUUUACAUCUAAAAGGGAAGCUAGAUGACUAUCGCCUUAAUAUGAGCCGACAAGUAUUUGAGAUCAUUAGUGAAGUGAGAAAAGAAGGGGUUGACAAUAUGAUUGAUUUGAAGAAAAAAUUUGGUUCCACUAAAGAUGAUGAUGGAUUGAAAGAACAUUUGUCUAAACAAGAGCAGCUGCAGGCCUUGCAGGAUGAAAACACCAGACUAGGGGAGCUGGUGUGUAAGCUGAAAGUCCUGAGCUGUUGGAAGCAGACUAUUCAGAAGGCACAACUCUCUGUAAAGCUGAGAAAUGCAGAGAAGGAGGCCCUUCAAAACAAAGAAGAGUGUUUGAAUGCCAAGAUGCUGGCAGAACAAGAGGUGCUUUUAUUUCGUCAGCAGCUGGUGGCUAUAAGGAAGGCUCUGGCAAAAUCUCAAGCAGACAAUGAAAGACUAAAGGAACAGUUAGAUAAGCAGAAACACUUGCUACAGGAAGUAGAACAUAGGAUGACUGAAGAAGCCCGGAGCAGGCAACAGCUGGAUGUGAUGAAGGCAGCAAACAUGGAGAAGAUGCUGGAAGACAUGGGGCAGAAAGAACAGAGGCUGCAAUGUCUGACCGAAGAUGCUGAGAAAUCUUCUAAAAUAGUGCAGCUUCAGCAAAAACGGAUCAAAAAAGAAAUGCGGCAGAUAAGAAGCCAGUUGAUCCAAGAACGUAGUUUAAAACUGGAUGCUUUCCAGUGGGUGGAUGAACUGCAGUGUCAGGUUUAUGACUUGGAAGCUGUAACAUCCCAGAGAAACUCACCCACAGGAAUGAAGAAGAAGUCCACUAAUCUGAUGUCUUCUAGUGCUAGCAGCGUAAGAAGUCCUUUGUCAGGUUCUGCAUCAUGGGCCCAGCGCACAGUGAUCUCAGCAUCCACUCUACCCAGGGAUUACAAGCAAAAUCCUUUGACUCCAGAUCCCAAAGGUAGCAAUAUAACAUCAGGAAAGACUGAAAGGCCAAAGACUGUGAGUAAUGGUGGAUUUGGUAGGAGCAGGGGAUUCUGGGCAGGAAACCAGGAAGACCUGGUUUCCAUCAAAAAUUUCUACCGAUUUGACACAUUCCUGUGA